AGAAGAAUUGACAUAAAACACUUUGUUCUGAGGAAUUACGUAGACAUUAAAAAGUAGAAAACUUGUAAUUAAACCAAGAUUUAAAAUCUUUUAAUUUCCGAUAUGGGAGUGCCAGCAUUUUUUCGUUGGCUUAGUCGCAAAUAUCCUAGUGUGAUAAUUGAGUGUGUGGAAAAUAAGCAAGUCGAUCCAGAUACGGGCAAAAAUAUAUAUGAUGAUGGAAAUUCACCUAAUCCAAAUGGUAUUGAAUUUGAUAAUUUAUAUCUGGAUAUGAAUGGUAUUAUACACCCAUGCACACAUCCAGAAGAUAAGCCCGCUCCCAAAAAUGAGGAUGAAAUGAUGAUAGCCAUUUUUGAUUGUAUUGAUCGUCUUAUGAAUAUUGUGAGACCUAGGAAAUUAUUAUAUAUGGCAAUUGAUGGUGUGGCUCCGCGAGCCAAAAUGAAUCAACAACGCUCAAGAAGAUUUAGGGCAGCCAAAGAAGCAGUAGAAAAGCGUUUGGAGAUCGAGCGAAUUCGAAGCGAACUACUGACUAAAGGAUUCGUAUUACCUCCUGCAAAAGAAAAAGGUGAGCAUUUCGAUUCCAAUUGCAUUACACCAGGUACGCCGUUUAUGGAACGGUUAAGUCAAUGCUUGCAUUAUUAUAUUCACGAUCGUCUGAACAAUAAUCCCGCCUGGAAAGAUCUUAAAGUUAUUCUCUCUGACGCCAACGUUCCAGGCGAGGGUGAGCAUAAGAUAAUGGAUUUUAUAAGGAAACAGCGCUCUCAGCCCGACCAUGAUGCUAACACUCAACAUGUAUUAUGCGGAGCGGACGCUGAUUUAAUUAUGUUGGGCUUAGCGACACAUGAGCCUAAUUUUACCAUAAUACGUGAAGAGUUUUUGCCCAAUAAACCGAAACCUUGCGAUAUUUGCAGCCAAUUCGGUCAUGAAAUGGACAAAUGCGUUGGUCUGAACGCAAUCGGUGUAUCAAAUGCAGAUUUCAAACCGGACGUGCCAAUAGGAGCGGAAGUAAAGUUUAUUUUUGUACGUUUGAGUGUAUUGAGGGAGUACCUGAAGAAGACUUUGGAUAUGCCCAACUUGCCCUUCAAAUAUGAGUUUGAACGUGUCUUAGACGAUUGGGUUUUCAUGUGUUUUUUUGUGGGUAAUGAUUUUUUGCCUCACUUACCCAGUCUUGAAAUACGUGAAGGUGCAGUGGAUCGUUUAGUUGAACUAUAUAAAAAGUGUGUCUACCGUACUGGUGGUUACUUAACUGAUUCAGGAGAAGUUAAGUUGGAGCGAGUGCAAUUGAUUCUAAGCGAUUUAGGUCAAGUGGAAGAUCAUAUUUUUAAAGAGCGCCAACGGAGGGAACAGCAGUUCAAGGCACGUGAAAAAUCGAAACGAUUGCGCGAUGACCGUUAUAAUGCUAACGUUAUGGAGCAAUCUGGGGCCUUUAAGCUAACUCCCUUAGGGAAGGGCAACAAUCCAUUGCCACUAAUUGAUAAUUAUAAAGAACAAGCCUCAAGUUUAAGAAAUUCGCAACAAACCAACACGCCACAGCAAGAACACCAUGGGACGAAAAGGACGGCAUCGCAAGCUAGUUUUAAUAAUGAUGAUGAAGAAGAAGAGGAACCUAAUGAUGAGGUGCGUUUGUGGGAAGAUGGUUUUAAAGACCGAUAUUAUGAGUCCAAAUUUGAUGUAAAUAAAGAAAAUUUGGAUUUUCGCUAUUCUGUUGCCCUGCAAUAUGUGCGCGGCUUGUGUUGGGUUUUAAAGUACUAUUAUCAAGGGUGCGCUUCAUGGAAUUGGUACUUCCCAUAUCAUUACGCUCCAUUUGCUUCAGACUUUGUAAAUAUUUCCGGCUUAUCAACACAAUUUGAAAGGGGCUCGAAGCCUUUUAAUCCUUUGGAGCAAUUGAUGGGCGUUUUCCCAGCGGCAAGCAGUUCCCAUGUACCCGAACCCUGGGCCAAACUAAUGUCUGACCCGAAUUCGGACAUAAUAGAUUUUUAUCCGGAAGAUUUCAAAAUUGACUUGAAUGGUAAAAAAUUUGCGUGGCAAGGCGUUGCUUUACUGCCGUUUGUAGACGAGAAAAGACUUUUUAAAGCUUUGAAACCGUAUUACAACCUAUUAACAGAAGCGGAAAUCAAGCGGAACAAACAGGGCGAUUGCCGUUUGUAUGCGGCAAGGGGAAAUUCUAAAUAUAAAUUUUUAAGCUUGCAAUAUAGGAACAAAGUGUUUGACACGACGCCUGAAGUCCUCAUUGUAGUUGAUGGAAUGCGUGGAAAUAUAUUGAAAUCGGAAGAGAAUGUGUCACAAAAAGGUACAUUGCCGUCGCCCAUCAUUAAUUUGCACGACAUAACUGAUAACUAUGUUGUGACAGUGUGUUUUCGGGACCCUACUUAUGGUGAAGACUUUAUAUUCCCCGCUAUUAGACUGCCAAAAGCAAUCGAUCCGCCAAACAUUUUGGCUCCAGAAUCGAAAGAUGCUAAUUAUCGCCCUAAGAUUGGCUUUAAUCACAAUUUACCACAGGCCUACGUAAGUCAAGGUGGGCACAGACUGCUUAACAACAGUCUAGGCGGCGAAUACAGAAAUGAGGGGAACGAAGAACGCCAAAAUUACAGCAAUUAUCGACAACAAAACUACCAAUUUCAAGGACAACAAACAAGUCAUUAUCAAGGACAACAAACAAAUCAACAUCAAGGACAGCAAACAAAUCAAUUUUUUAAUAAGAGCACUGGAACGUGGCGCAGCGGUAAUGUUGGAAAUUACGAACGCCCUAAUUAUGGAGGUGGUCAUUACGGUCAUAAACAGCAAAAUUCAUAUCAAAAUAAUUACAACAAUAACAACAACACCGGUGGCAGCGCUACUGGUAGCAGAUAUCAACCUUUUAAUCGACAGCAACAGCACCAGCAGAAGCAACAACAACAAUCAAAUUAUUUUCGCAAUAAUUCGAACAAUCCAGCAAAUAACCGUUAUAAUAACAACUACAGAAGAUAUUGAUCUGUAAAGAACUAAGCAAACGUAGAUUUCCUGUACUUUUUCGAUCGGCGAAAAGAAUGCAAUAUAUUCAUUAUUAAUUUUGUAUUUUCGUGUACAAUAUAUUAUCAA